CCCUCUCCACCUCUCCAGGUAUUAUUUGUGAUGGUAGACGUGGACGAGCCGAGGAAUGGAAGAAUGUUGGAGUAUUUCCGUGUCCGGGAGAGUGAGGCUCCGAUGGUGCGAUUGGUUAAUCUGACGAGUCACGUGACCUAUCACCUGCCGUCCGACACACUGGACACGCCCACCAUUAUAGCGUUCUGUAAGACCUACCUGGAUGGCACCGCACAGCCUAAGAUGCAGAGUGAGGCUCUGCCUGCUGACUGGGACCAGAAGCCAGUUAUACAGCUGGUAGGAGAGAACCUGGAGAGACUGGCCUUCAACCCUGACAAGACAGCCUUCAUAAUGUUCUACCUGCCCUACAGUGAAGAGAGUCGUUCUCUGUUCCCACUGUGGGAGGAGUUAGCCCUUCACUUCCUGGACAGAGAGGAAGUUGUCAUCGCUCGCAUCGACGCCUCGGCCAAUGACUUCAACCUGUCGAUGAGAGAACGCUACCCCGCCCUCCGCCUGUUCCCCGCGCUGCACGCAGAGAGGGUGGUAGCCUACUCUGGUCAGAGUGAAACCUGA